AUGCUGCGGUGCUGCUCCCAGUGGACACAGAGCACUGCCACUCGUCAGACGUUUGGACAGAGUCCCUCCAUCCACUCACUCACUCCAGCAGUGGACAUACUGGCGACUAACUAUGUGAGAACCCCUCAGUGCCCCCCCAGUGCCCUCUCAGUGCCCUCACAGUGCCCCCUCAGUACCCCCUCAGUGCCCCCUCAGUGCCCUCUCAGUACUCCCUCAGUGCCCUCUCAGUACCCCCCCAGUGCCCCCUCAGUGCCCCCCCAGUGCCUUCACAGUGCCCCCUCAGUGCCCCUCAGUACCCCCUCAGUGCCCUCUCAGUACCCCCUCAGUGCCCCCUCAGUGCCCCCUCAGUACCCCCUCAAAGUACCAGUGCCCCCUCAAAGUUCAUGA